GCUUUCCUUCAAUUUCCUUGCUCAUCAAUCAGCUAAACCAACGCCAGCACGUAACCAGAGGGAUUCUCUCCUCUCAGACGCCAGAAGGAUCCCCCGCCUCCGUCUCCCGCCUCCGCCGCCAAAUGCUUCGUCCCCUCAACUGAAUCCGGCCUCCGUCCACGCUCGGCUCGGCAACGAUGAACAACAGCAGCGGCAGCAACCACGAUUGCAUCAGCAACAGCAACAGCACGAGCUCCCGCGUCAACAGCAACAGCGCCGGCCGUUGCGCCGCCGAUCGCCGCGAUCUCGGCUCGCACUUCUUGGCGCUGGCACGGCUCGGCUCUGCCCGGCCCCCCGGCCCGGCGGACGAGGGAGAGGAGUCCCCGACGGAGCUCAACACCAUCAACAGCUCCGGCGGCUUCCUCGUGGUGUCGACCGACAAGCUGUCCGUGAAGUACACGAACGUGAGCCUCCACGGCCACGACGUCGGCGUCGUGCAGGCCAACAGGCCUGCCCCGGUGCGGCGGCUCGCCUACUAUUUCGAGAUUGAAGUGAAGCACGCGGGGGCUAAGGGUCAGAUUGGGAUUGGCUUCACCAGCGAGAAUUUCAAGAUGCGGAGGCAGCCUGGGUGGGAACCCAACAGUUGUGGUUAUCAUGGUGAUGAUGGGUAUCUUUAUCAUGGACAUGGAAAGGGAGAAGCUUUUGGACCAACUUAUACUGCUCGUGACAAAGUUGGUGCAGGCAUCAACUAUGCUACACAGGAGUUCUUUUUCACAAAAAACAAGGCAAUAGUUGGAACGGUCUACAAGGACGUGAAAGGUCCCUUAUUCCCCACCAUUUCUGUUCAUAGCCAAAAUGAAGAGAUUGCUGUUAAUUUUGGUCAAGAACCAUUUGCCUUCGAUAUCAAGGCAUAUGAAGCUCAAGAAAGACUGAGGCAACAAGCAACGAUAGAAAAAAUAUCCUUGCCACCGAACAUCAGCUAUGGGAUUGUUCGUUCAUACUUGCUACAUUAUGGGUACGAAGAUACACUACGUUCAUUCGACAUGGCUAGUAAAAGCACUAUUCCUCCAAUUUCUUUAGAUCAAGAAAACGGCUUUGAAGAACAGGAGAUUCUCUAUGCCUUGAACCAGAGGAAGAUUCUACGUCAGCUGAUUCGAAAUGGGGAAAUUGAUGCAGCAUUCAGUAAACUCCGUGACUGUUAUCCACAAGUUGUUCAGGAUGAAAAAUCAGCUACUUGCUUUCUCCUCCAUUGCCAAAAGUUCAUUGAACUAGUUCGGGUUGGGGCACUGGAGGAGGCUAUCAAAUAUGGAAGAGUUGAGUUAUCAAGGUUUUUUGAGAUGGCUGACUUUGAGGAUCUAGUACAGGAUUGUGUAUCUUUAUUGGCAUUUGAACAUCCAAAGGAGUCGUUUGCUGGGUAUCUACUUGAGGAGUCACAGCGUGAGGUGGUAGCCGACACGGUUAAUGCAAUGAUCUUGGCAACAAAUCCCAACGCAAAAGAAUUUCAGGGUUGCCUGCACUCCUACCUGGAGAGGUUGCUGAGGCAGCUGAGUGCUUGUUGCUUGGAGAGAAGGUCGUUGAAUGGAGAUCAGGGGGAAGCUUUCCAUCUGCACAGAGUACUAAACAACAGCAAUGCAACACGCUAAAUGUUAGUCUGUUGCUUCGUCUCCAAAUUGAAUGUCUCAUCGCUGUUCAUAUUAAGCUCAUUGAUGGUUUGCUGAAUCAUAAGCCGAGUGUUCAACUGUUCCAUGUGCCGAGAGGAAAUCCCCUUGGUGCUACAUUGCAGGCUCUUAUCUUCAUGCUUGGAGGCAUCUCUGAUGUUGCAUAUCACACAGUAAAAGAGACGUUCUGCGGUCCCAAAAUGGCUUCACAAUUUUGUGGUGGAGUCGUGACGUUUUCUACUCGUCUCUGUCACGUUGGAUGUUCAUUUGGAUGCUCAGAAGAUUAGUCAAGUGUAAAGAAUACUUGUAUAGAUCCAAAUGUUGGGUUUAAUGCAGCAACUCUCUGGUGAUUUGUGGUUCUUUCGAUGCAGUCUCCCUGUCAAACGAGCAUGAAGUCUUGUACUUUUGCAAUUUCCGUGCAAGUUUUGCUUGUGUUGGAAUA